CACGUUCUCGCGGUAAGUGCAAAAUAUCGCGUUGUUUCUACCGACAUUUCGUGUGCAUCCACCGCGGUCUCUGCCUGCUUGCGUUUUCAAAUCGAAUUUUUUUGCAGAGACGGAAGUGAGCAUCCAAGACGUCCGUGCAUGAAUCAAACACCCGAGUGUGUUAGUUGACAGAUUCCUCGGUUGUAGGCCUGUUGAUUAGCUGUCAGUAUGGCGGUAGUCAUCAGACUGCAAGGUCUGCCCAUAGUGGCCGGCACCAUGGACAUCAGGCACUUCUUCUCUGGCCUCACCAUCCCUGAUGGGGGCGUGCACAUCGUGGGUGGCGAGCAUGGCGAGGCCUUCAUUGUCUUUGCCACCGACGAGGACGCUCGGCUGGGAAUGAUGCGCACAGGUGGGUCCAUUAAGGGCUCCAAAGUGUCGUUGUUGCUCAGCAGCAAGACAGAAAUGCAGAACAUGAUUGAGUUGAGCAGGCGGAGGUUUGAGGGUGGCACGGCUGCACCUGAGACCGCCACGCCUACGACGGCGAAUCGCCCGACUUCCGCGGCGGCUAUACCCGCCAUACAGUCGGCCGCGGCGGGGAGAAGUGGUAGCCAUGGAAACCCCAGUUUCAGUAAUACUCCCGCAGUGGUGACUGCAAGCUCUUCACAGGAGACUCCCAUUCACAAAGCCGCUGCUAGCCUGGCGAGUAUGGUGCCCAACUUUCCUCACGGCUACAACGCUGCCCCCGCCAUUACAGCAGCCCUGACGUCUCUAAACGCAGGCCCUCCGCUGAUCGCGCCCAUGCCAACGAUGCCCACGUUACCCACGGUUCCUCCUCCUGUGUCGUCCUUACCCCCUGUCCCUACUGUCAGCCAACUUUCCCAUGGGCCUCCUGUACCCCCAAUGUCCCACCUGUCACAUCUGCCUUCUUUGCCACCUUUCAACCCCACCAUGCCCCCACCCGGAGGACUUGCCACAGGCCUCCCCCUCAGUACCCCAAACCCUAUGCUGUUCAAUCCCCUCACUCCUCUUGCGUCUCUGGGCCUCCAGGCUCACAUGAAGGCAGCUGCAGCCACAGCCACUGCAAUUGGUGUGUCUAAUCCAGAUGAGUUGUUUGUCCUCUUGCAGAACCUCUCAUUCUCCUGUUCAGAGAUGGAGAUCAGGGAUUUUUUUCGGGGUCUGGGGGUGGACGGAGUGCGCUUGUUGAGAGACGGCCAAGGUCGUCCGACCGGCCGAGCCAUGGUCAAAUUUUUCUUGCCCCAAGAUAGCUUUGAGGCCGUGAAGCGGGGUGGUGGCAUGAUGGGUCAAAGGUUCAUCGAGGUCACCCCGGGCUCUGAGAGGCAAUGGGCCACCCUCAAUCACAGCGCGAUGGGGCUGACUUCUCAAAAUAUCGCUAAACCAAACAUUCAAGACCAGAACCAACGUCAUACUCAAGCCAGCGACAUGGGUCGGGAACAGCGAGGGAGGUCUAGAUCUCCACAUCGUCAAGAAUUCUGUGUUUACCUGAAGGGCCUCCCCUACGAGGCUGACAAAAAACAGAUCAAGGAGUUCUUCAAGAACUUGUCCGUGGUGGAGGACACUAUGUACAUCGCCUACGGCCCCAAUGGACGAGCCACAGGAGAAGGCUUUCUGGAGUUCAAAACGGAGCAGGAUUACAAGACUGCACUGGGUUCCCACAUGCAAUACAUGGGUUCUCGCUUCAUCCAAGUGCACCCCAUCAGCUACAAGGGAAUGCUGGAAAAGAUUGACUCCAUUCGUAAGCGCGAAGCAAUGCAGAAUGAUGGCAAGAACCAGGAUGGCCUCAAAACGCCAAGAAACUGCGCUCAUAUCACCAACAUCCCUUACAAUAUCUCCAAGAAGGACGUGCGUGCCUUCCUGGAGGGCAUUGGGCUUUAUGAAGACACGCUAAAGGUUCUGACUGAUAGCCACGGCAACGGUUUAGGGCAGGCGGUCUUCCAGCUUCAGACCGAGGAAGACGCCCGUAAAACGGAAAGACUUCACCGCCAGAAGCUCAAUGGCCGUGAUGCAUUCGUUCAUCUUGUGACCUUUGAGCAGAUGAAGGAAAUUGAGAGGAACCCUCCGCCCCAAAACAAGAGAGGCCAAAGAAGUCAAAUCCAGACCCAGCAGAGCCAGAAGCAUGGCCAAGGCCAGCACCUGCCGACCCAGGCGGUUCCGCAGCAGCCCCAGAUCAAUCCCUUCGCAGGGAUUGGCGGUGAGGAGUUUAACUUCCUAAGAACCACAAUGGGAAACAUCAACAGUUCUCCAUUUGUCACCCCGUUCUCCACUCCUGGAAAUGGUGUAGCGGGACCACCUCCCCUGCCCCCGUUGGCAGUAGGACUUGGUGAAGUCAAUCUUGCGGUCGCUCCUCCACUUAUCGCAGGUCUUCCCGGAGCUCCACUCCUUGAGCCGCCGGGUUUUCGACCGGGUGCGCCAGGGGGGCCUGCGUUUGGUCAGGAUGGUCUGAGGGGCUUGGUGCCCUUUGACAACAGCAGCAGGAAACCAAGUGGAGCAGUACAGAACAGAGGUGGACUUGGGGCUAACAACAACAACAACCAAGCACGUCAAGGGGGAGCGCCUCCCGGUGGACCUCCAGGUUUCAACCCGGGCGCAGAGGGUCUCUCCACUGCCCCCGGGGCACCCAACAACUCUAACAGUCAGCGCUCUGCCGCCUCCGCUGCUGCCCCAACAAUAGUCAAGCUGCAGAACAUGCCCUUCACUGUCACCGCCGACGAGCUCAUGGACUUCUUCUAUGGCUACGACGUGCUCCCCGGAUCCGUCUGCUUGCAGUUCAGUGACAAAGGCCUACCCACCGGCGAGGCCAUGGUUGCCUUCCAGAACCCGGAAGAGGCCGCCGCCGCCGUCAUGGAUCUAAACGACAGGCCCAUCGGAGCACGGAAAGUCAAAAUUAGUCUUGGUUAAGGAACCUCCUCGUCUCAAGACCCUAACUGCACAGACUGACUCUAAAUGUACCCCUUUUACGCUGAACCGGUGCCGGUUGGGUACUGGUGGUGAGAGGUUGCUGGCUUCGUGUUGACUGGUUGAUAGUGGAGUUUCGUGCAUUCGCUACUUGGUAUUGAUGGUCUCUGUAAUUGUGAUGUGUUCACAAAAACUCACCCUAACAGCACACAUCUCACGUCACCUGGAGCAGUUCUGAAUCCAUGUUUAUAUCUAGCAAGACAAAACCAAAUAACCAAAUGAAUAAAAAAAAAAAACAUCAGUCUAACCGAAGAUGCUGAUUAUGAGAGGAAAAUGUGGCGAUAGCUCCGGGCUUGUUUUACUUGUCAAAACGUUGGCUGUAACAAGUUUUGCUCUGAUCAACCAAAAGUUUUGACGUCACUGAGGGGCCAGCACUCUGGAUGGAAUAUAAAAAAUGAACACAAAAUGUUGAAGAAUCAAUCCCAUUGCUAGUGUUGUUGAAGUUCCAUUGCGCCAGCAAUACCAGCGGUGAAGGCCCUGAGCAGAUUUUCAUGGCAAAAGGUCCAACAUGUACUCGAAGCAAGCAACAGAAUAGAGAGUUCGGAAAAUAGCCUCAAUCGUCUGCCAGUGGAAGAUGCUGCAAGGUUGGCCUCAGUAUUUUAGCUCCUAGUGCGUUUACGGUUAAAAAUAACAAAAAACUCCAAAGAACUGGGACUUAUUUUUGCCACUAAUUCCGAACAAGCUCUUGACCUUUGUGAAAGCAUUGCGCAACCACUUGAAGACUUGUAUGUUGCAUUUUUAAGGCCAUUUCGAAGUCACUAACUUGAUGACCAUGAUGAUGACAAAUUGCCUGGGGAAAAAAAUGCAGAAUUGUGUUCUGUCGCUAUGGUAACACUCAUGUUGCUGCCUCGAUGCGUGUACGUCAUGUGCCCCAGCUGAGGUUCUUUCACAUUUGCGGUCGCUAUGCUAGUGCCGCCACAUUGCUGUGUUGCUACGCUAAUACCGUUUACCUGUUGUUAUUGUUGCGGUUAAAACACGUGCGUUUCCGUUUGUUCUCUUGCUGUCAAACUCAAUGAACUCUGCUGUUGUGCUUUUUCCACAUGAAAUGUCUGCUCUUUUUAUUUCUCUGCUUCUGUGUCGCAUUGAUGAUGAUGAUGGAAAGCAACUAUAAGUUGUCACUGCAGCUGCAAAGGGGUGAAAAUGUUCGCCAAGUUUCCAGUAAAUGUCCAUGGGAAGGUAAUCUGGAGAAUUUUUGUUUGGUACCUGUCCUUUAGAAUUAUAAGAAUUCACCGGAAUUGUAGGUAAUAUCAUGGCAGCGCAUCGUAUUCAAGAAAAUAUGUAACACGGUGCCUUGAGAUACCCCUGACCCAUCUUAAGUGUUUUUGGAGAUACGAGCUGUCAUGCGGACCCGUUUUUUUGCUUCCACUUUGUGCAAAAAUUUGACAGACAAGUGCUGUGUGGUGGCGACGAACUUAACUCACGUCACAGCAAGCAACAAUUUGGCAAAUAGUGAGCAAUUCUU